GGGGCCCCGACGAUUCCAUCUCGACACACGACCCAACCUUCAUCCCGAUAUCACCAAACGGUUUCCUCGAGCGAACGAGCGUAAUCGCACGCGCGCGAAAAAAAAGAGAGAGAAGAGGGUAACUUACUUCUCGGGCAUCUCUUCCGACUCUCUUUUGUCUUUUGCUCUUGUUCAGCACGGAGUUUUCACUGCUCCGCGCAACAACCAACGUGCAACACAUAUAACAUCGGCGAGAGUUUUACUUCUUGAACCGGUCUCUUUCCGAGCGACAGUUUAAUCGGUGAGAGUAAUUCCCCCGCGACUGAAGCGGAGAAGAAGCAUCUAGGAAGAGUCUACCGGACACAAGUCGACGACCAGCCACCGCUGUGACCAGUUUCACGGAGGAGAGAAAAAGACAUAUCAAAAUGACGAAGUUACUCGUAAUAACGAUACUGUGCCUGCUCGGCCAGAAAACGGUGCUCUCGAUGCCCGUAGCUGAGAACCAGGAACCUCUCCAAGUAGUUCCUCUCGAAAAAUCGGCGAACCCAAGCAACUCAGGGAUUCCAGUAGCUCCUGAAGCUGUUGCAGCACCAAACGUGGAGGCCGCUGAACCGGCGCCUGCCGAAGCGAAACCUGCCGAAGCUGAGAAGCCAAGCGUGAGGAGCGAACCCGCGGGUGAAAACGCUCAAUUGUCUGAAAAGGCUGAGGAGAAGAAAGAGGAGGCUCAACAAGCAAAACCCGAGGAGAAAAAGGAGGAAGCUAGCCAGGAUAAGAAGCCUGAGCAACUGCAGCCGCAACAACAACCACAGGAGGCUCAACAACCUGAGCAAGAACAAAAGCCUGAACAGGCUCAAGAAGUCAAGAAGGAGGAAGAAAGUCUGAAGCAGGCGGCUUCCGAAUCUCACGAAACUGUAGUGCAAGUUGUUCCGCAAGAAAAGAAACAGGCUGAUGCUGAUAUUCUAGUAGAGCAACCCGUUGUUAAGGCUAUAGUCCCAGAGGGCAAAAGCUCCGAGCAAGUAGAUUCAGCAGAGAAAAGCGGAGAAGCUGCUAAGGAAGAAGCAAAGGAAGAAAAGAAAGCUGAGGAAGCGAAACCAAGCGUGAGAAAAGACGAUGAGGCUAGCUCAGCAGCUUCCGAAUCGGAAGAAAAGGCUCAGCCAGCUGCAGAGGAAAAGAAGCUCGAGAAGCCACAAGAGGAACAGGAAAAGAAGGCUGAGGACAAACCCGACCGUGUGACCCGCGACGCCGAGGUAGCUGCUCCGGAAGAGAAGAAAAUAGAACAGCCAGCUGUUGAAGCUGAAAAGAGCCAACAAGAUCAGGCUAAAUCCCCAGAAGAGAACAAACCAGCUGCCAAGAACGAGAAGAUUCAGCUUCCUCUCGAACAACCAGCGAUCGAACAACCUGCAAUCAGCCCCGAGGAAUCGGCCAAGACCGAGGAGAAGCCUGCUGAAGCCGCUGCUCAACCCGAAAAGGAAGCAAAGAGCGCCGAAGUAUCUGCUGCAGCCUCUGCUUCCAGUAACGUUCAAGAAUCUGUAGAACAAUCGGCGGCCAAAUCAGCCGAAUCUAGCCAGGCUAAACGCGAAACCGCGGAAGCUCAGCCUCAAGCAAAGUCUGAACAAGCCGAGGAAAAGAAGGAAGAACCACAGAAACAGCAGGAAGCCGCGAAAGAAGCGAAAGAAGCGAAAUCAGACGAAUCUUCUGAAGAAAAAUCGGCUGAGAAGAAGGAAAGCAAGGGCAGCGAGGAAGAGAAAUCCUCCGAGGAGUCCUCCUCCAAACAGGAGUCCAAACCAGCUGAAGAGUCCAAGCCCGAAUUGCUGCCUAAACCGCAAGAACUGACAGUAUAAGUGAACAAUUGAAAUAGCGGUCGCAGCGAGAGGCGGGAAGACGAAGAAGAACAGCCCCGAAGAAAUCAAAUAACAUCGAACGAAGCGCGGAUACUAGCUCGCCACUCGUCCAGACCAUUUUGCGUUCAUCACCAUCGACCAGAUAAAAAUGGGAUAAAACAUUUUGAAAAAGAAGAAACAAGGAAAAAACUCACAAAAAAAAAAUGAUGAAUAAGAAGAUGAAGAAGGAUGCGCGAGUUGUUCGGCCCAGAUAAA